UUACGUUUCAUAUUCUGGGACAAUCUUAUUAGAUGUGAUUUUGCAAACGUAUUUAAUACAUAAAUAGGUACAUUAAAUUCAAAUAAAUUAAGAAAAUGUACAAAUCUAGCGUAUUUACUUAUUAAAAAAUUUUGAUGUUUAUAUUUUCUUCUGUCAGAUCAGUGUUUUGUUUAUUUUAUCAUUUCUCUGUAUGUCUGUCGGCAAUUUUCGCUGGCAGUCCAAUUUUAGGCACAAUCGAUUUCAAAUUUGAAAGAAGAAAAUGUUAGGUUCGGGGUUGAAAAGUUAGGUUCUUGGGUUUUAAUCAGGAAUUAAAAAUGUUUUAUUUAUAUUUCUUUUUACAACUCUGACGAAAAGAUGAACAUGAAAGAUAAUUACUUAAAAAAUAAGUAAAAAUGCGAGUCAAAACUUUACGUCUUUCAUACCCUUAUUAUUUAACGAUAUGCCUUGUUGUAAUGUUUAUCUUUUCAGCUAUUUUAAUCUUCUACAUCUUAACAGAACUUAAUGGAUGUAAUUGUUCCAAUGAAAAAACUACUUUUACUGCAGUUAUAUCAAAGAAAUUGAUCAGCUCCAAACAUAAGCUCGCAGUAUUGGUACCAUAUAGAGAGAGAUUUGAAGAAUUGAUGGAAUUCGUACCCUAUAUGCACAAUUUUUUAAAUAAACAGAAAAUAGUGCAUGAUAUUAUAGUCCUAAAUCAAGUAGACCAGUUUAGGUUUAAUAGAGCAUCACUUAUAAAUGCAGGAUUUUUGGAAACAAAGUCAAAUUAUGAUUAUAUCGCAAUGCAUGAUGUAGAUCUGCUACCUCUUAAUACCCAACUAGUAUAUACCUAUCCAAAGCAACCUAUUCACAUAGCUGCUCCGACACUACAUCCUAGAUAUCACUAUGAAAAAUUUAUUGGAGGCAUUUUGUUAAUUAAUAGACUCCAUUUUGAACUAGUCAAAGGCUUAUCAAAUAGAUAUUGGGGUUGGGGCUUAGAAGAUGAUGAAUUUUAUGUUCGUCUAAAAGAUGCUCAUUUAAAUAUAACUAGACCAGUGAAUAUUACUACAGGACAGAGUGAUACAUUUAAGCACAUUCACGGUAAAGAACGGAAAAGAGACGCAGUAAAGUGCUAUAACCAACGCGAAGUAACAAGACGCAGAGACCGCCAAACGGGCUUGCAUGACGUCAAAUACGAAGUCGUGAGUAGAAAACAUAUGGAAAUAGAGGGCGCUCCUGUACUUGUAAUGAACAUUAAGUUGUACUGCAAUCACACUGCAACGCCAUGGUGCGAUUGCACAAAGAAGACUGAAACCAAUUCUGUUAAGCAAAAAACAUGAUACCAAAACUUUAGAGGUUUUGAGAAAGUUAAUAAACCGAGUGAUGUUUAGAUUAUUGAGCAAUCUAAAAUCUAAGAGAGGGGAAUGAACGGUGUAGUACAUGAUAUAAUGAAACCGAAGAUAUGACACCACGCAGCUCCUGUCAAAUGUCAAGUGACGUCAAUACGUGACGAUCCCGACAUUUUUGUCAUUUGUUGUUGUUUGUUUCUGAUAUUUAUGUAACAGGUUAAACAUUUGGAAAAACUGGUUGUCAGAAACGAGUUCAAUUGCCUCUACAAUACCUCCUUAUAGAAAAUAAUUCUAAAUAUGACCAUCAUUAUAUAGCUAUUUCUCAAUUAGAACAAAAUGAGAUCGAUACUGAAAUAAUCUCACAGAAUGGUGAUGACCAUAAAAGAAUCGGUAGAUAUGGAAACAGGAAGAUAUAACCUAAGAAAUUGUGAUCAAACUAAAAAUCCUUCACACAAAUUUCCACUGCAGAACAAGUUACAGAUGUGAUGACCAAACCUCUAACGAAAAUAAGAUUCCACAUACUCUCAAAGACGGGACUGAUGAAGAUGCGAAAAACCUUUUUAAUAACGGAAAGUAUUGAAAUUUAGUAGGUAAAGGUUUUUCUCAUUGGAUUCAGUGAAUGUCAUAAUUACGUUAGUGUGAUAAUAAUUUUAAUGAAAACAUCACUAUUUUAAGUGCACAUUUGCCUAUUUUGUCUUCAAUAAAUCCAUUACUUUAUCACUACGUUUCGUAAAAAGAAAUUUAACAUAAAUAAUCCGUAAUUUUGUUACCACAAUGCUUCCACUCUUCGUGUUAUCCAUAGGUUAUUUCAAAUUGGCGCCGCUAACUAGUCACGUAUUGACGUCAUGCGCAGAACCGAACGAAUUUGAAACACUUUGGUGUCAUAUCUCCUAAAUUUAUUGUAUCAUGGGUGUAGUAUUGAAAUUGUUUUUUUUGUAUUUUAUAUAUUGUUUUCUAUAUAUACAUUUUAUAUACGUAUUUCCAGUAAUGAAGGUUUUUAAAAAAUUCUGUAUUAUUUUAAAAAUUUAAAUUUGUUUUUAACAUUAAUUUCAAUGUUAUCGGAAUUUAAUAAAGAAUGCCAUUUUUA